AGGCACAACCCUAACCACAAAACAAUAAGAGAAGAAACAUGGAGAGGAAGCACAUGGGCAUGAAUGACAUCCUCCCUCCGAAGCUCAUUCACCGAAUCCUUCUAAGGGUACCCGCCGAAGACCUGCUUCGCCUCAGAUUCAUUUCAAAACUUUGGCACUCUCUCAUUUCCCAUCCAGACUUCGCCGAAUCACAUUACAACGUAAUUUCUGCCGCAUCUUCCCAUUCGCACUUCUUCGUCCUAAAAGACAAUACUAAUGCUUACUGUGUUCAGCUCGACACGCUAUUUCAUGUUCCAACACAGAAAGAGGUAUCUCUCCCUUCCAUCAUCAUGCCACGUUAUGAUUUUCGUACCAUAGGAUCCUGCAGAGGCUUUCUUCUCUUAAACGAAAAACCAAAUUUUGUUAUAUGGAACCCAGUCACUGGAUCCAGCAAAACAAUAUCUUACUCUCGUAUUAACCUCCCGCACAAUGAUGCAAUUCGAUAUGGAUUUGGUUUCGAUGCAUCACGAGAUGACUAUUUAAUAGUUCUAUCUUGGCUUGAUAAUCGUUACAACCAACACCGCUUAGUUUGCUUUUCGUUGAGAACCAAUUCAUGGAUUAAUCUCGAUGCCGCACUCCCCAAAUCCAUGUGUAGGUGGCCGAAGCAGAAACUUUCUGGGUUUUUCUUACAUGGCGCUAUUCAUUGGUUGUGUUACUCUAGAUCUGAUGAAGAUUACAUUGAUGAUGGUAUUCUUAUCUUUGAUUUGAAGGAAAGGAGUUUCUCCGAGAUAUCUAUACCAAAACAACUUGAAGGGUGUCAUCCCAUUAAUCUCAUCGUAUUAGGAGGGUGCCUAGCCUUGUAUUGGAAUGACGUUGACAACAAUAAAACUAAGAUAUGGGUUAUGAAAGAAUACAAAGUGCCGUCAUCUUGGAUUUUAAUAUAUGAGAUUCCUUAUGGUAUGCCUGUAUGCACAUCCAAUGGAAGUGACAUUAUUGCGCUAAAUUUUACUCCGAUAUAUUCCAAGAUAAGGUUUGGCAAAUAUAACGUCAGGGGAGAGCUUCUAAAUCAUUCUCCUCCACCUCUUUCUCCAUAUUGUUACUUCUCUUUUAGUUUCUGUGUAUAUACAGAGAGUCUCUUGCCAUUGCCCGGUGACAUUAAGGAUAGGGAUAAGAAGAAGAAAACUGGCCAAGAAUGUUUUGAACAACAUGAUGAUGUUGCCAAAGAUUAGAAUGACAAUGGGGUCAAAUAAAGGAAGAGAAUAUGGAGCAAGCAUAUCAGUGGACAACGAACAUACAGGCGAACAAUUUAGAGUUUUAAAUAAAUUGUAGGAUUAACAAGUUGAGCAUGAAGAAGAUUGAAAACCUUCAAUUUUAUUUUUCUUUGGAAGUAUGGUUUUCUUUCCAAAUUUCGCUUUGUUAGUUAUGCUGUGGACACUAAUUAAGUAAUAACAGUCUUGUGUAGCUGUUUCUUUCCCUGUUUCUCCUUGGCUUCUAUCCAAGUAUCAUUACAAAAAA